AUGCCUACAGUGCCUAUCAGUGCCAACUGCAAGCUUUUAGUGUACACACAUGAUAAUGCUUUGUUAAUAUCAGGUAAAGACCCACAAGACAUUGCUAAUGCCCCAUCACUAGAACCAGAGUCCUGUAGUAAAUGGUUAGUAGACAACCAGCUAUCACUACACCUCGGAAAAACGGCAGCCAUACUCUUUGGCUCAAAACAUAAAUUGAAAAGGACCAAAGUUCCUCUACAGACCAAAGUUUCUCUACAGACCAAAGUUUCUCUACAGACCAAAGUUUCUCUACAGACCAAAGUUUCUCUACAGACCAAAGUUUCUCUACAGACCAAAGUUUCUCUACAGACCAAAGUUUCUCUAGAGACCAAAGUUUCUCUACAGACCAAAGUUUCUCUACAGACCAAAGUUUCUCUACAGACCAAAGUUUCUCUACAGACCAAAGUUUCUCUACAGACCAAAGUUUCUCUACAGACCAAAGUUUCUCUAGAGACCAAAGUUUCUCUACAGACCAAAGUUUCUCUACAGACCAAAGUUUCUCUACAGACCAAAGUUUCUCUACAGACCAAAGUUUCUCUAGAGACCAAAGUUUCUCUACAGACCAAAACCAAAGUUCCUCUACAGACUAAAGUUUCUCUACAGACCAAAGUUUCUCUACAGACCAAAGUUUCUCUACAGACCAAAGUUUCUCUACAGACCAAAGUUUCUAUACAGACCAAAGUUCCUCUACAGACUAAAGUUGCACCCACCCCAUUUGCUGCAGUAUAUUUCAUCUAUGUGAACAGGAAUAUGUGCUGCACCAUUCCAGUCGUUCACCUUCGUAUAGUACAUGAUCGUGGCUUCCACAAAUAUGCUUGUGAUUUCUGCCGGAAGAGUUUUGAUACUUCUGAAGCUCUGUCUCAGCAUGUGAAUUACAGCCAUACAUCUUUAAAUAUACAAGAAGUCUACAUUUGUCCAAGUUGUACAGAUAGUAACAGAGAAGAUUCGACCCUUUGUGAAUAUUGUGGAUUAAAAUUAACCAGUCAACAAUGUCUGCUGGAUCACGUCGCAGUCACUCACUGUUCAGGGGUGACUGAAUCAUCUUUUAUUGGUAUUGUUGAACUGAGCAUCAAAGAUAUCUCUAAUAUGGGGAUGGGAAACCCUGAUUGUAAAACACUUUUCCAAGUUAUUGAAGUUUCAUUAGUGAAAUAUAAAGAGAAUUUACCAGACUCAGUCAAAAUAAUUAAUGAAGAUAAAUGUGUUAAAAAUGACAGUUUAAUAACAAGAAAUGAAGACAUGAAUAUAGUUUUUGAAAAUACAUUGCAACAAUGUAAUGGAAAUAUUAAUGUUAAAUCUCCCAAAGAAAGUGAAUCCUCAGCUUCUCUGACAAGAACAGUUGAUGGAUAUACAAACACGUGUAGUAACUCUUUCAAUGAGCUCAUUUCUGAAACAAAUCUGCAAGAUUGUGAAUCUCAACUAGAAAUGACAAUUUGCUGUGACACAGAUGAAAAGCCAUUUGUAGCCUGUUCACCAGGAGAAAUUAUAUUGACUGUAGAAAGUGAGGAGGAAUUAGUAUGGAGUCAAGACGUCAUGUCACAAGUGAUCUGUUCGAGUGGAAUACUGAAUAGGACACAAGGAUCCAUUGCUACUGAGGGAAAUGGUCUAGUUACUAAAAAUGCCACAAUGCAGCAGGCAACGAAUGACUGGAAUGCCGAUUGUUCAGUGGAAGUAAAACGCCUGACUCAAGAACAACAGCCGCAUUCUGCACAGUUGCUUGACCCAAUAAAAAAUGAUGCCAGUAAAACUUUGGAGAUCAUUGGUGUUCGGAGAAGGGCUGAGAAAGAGAAAGUGUGCAUCAUCUGUAAACAGCUCUUCAGUCACCUAGGAGAUCUAGAGCAGCAUGAGAACAGAAUCCAUGGUAUACGCAUCAAGUGUGACCUUUGCGAUGACAGCUUUGUGUUCUCCAAGUCACUGCGUAACCACCAUCUGCGGAAACAUACUGGCAGUGCUGAUUUCAAGUGCAAGGACUGUGAUAAAGUUUUCAAGUGCAGAAGUAACCUUUGGUCUCAUCGUCUAACUCACCUGAGUCAAGAGAUGCGUAGAUUUCAGUGCCUCCAUUGCUCUCAGCGAUUUACUACUAAAUCAAAAUUAAAUAUUCAUCUGCAGAGUCACACAGGGGAGAAAAAAUUCCAGUGUGGAGAAUGUCAGAAGGGCUUUGUCUCUCACGGCUUAUUGAUGCGCCAUAUGAAGAAACAUGUUUCAGAGACGUGCAGCAUUGUCUUGGGAGCUUUAUCAAGUGCAAGUGAAAUGUCCUGCGACCCCUCCAAAAAAAAGAUAAAUGUUGAUAUCUUUUCUUCAGUGUCCACAGUACACCAUCUGCAUCCAGUCAUUGGGAAGUGCUAUGUUCACUAAUAUCUUCUAAAAUAACAAUUUUCUCUAUAAACAAAUUAGUUUAUAAAAACGUAAUGUAGAUAAGAUAAAUAAGAUUUUGUUCAGAUUUUUAACCCCAGAGGGUUAGCCACUCAGGAUAACCCAAGAAAGGCAGUGCAUCAUCAAGGGACCUUCUGUCUUAUUUCCAUUGGGUUCCUCAAGCUUGUCCCCCAGGAUGCAACCCAUGCUAGUUGACUAACACCAAGGUACCUACAGCCCAAUGUUUCCACUUUUGCUGGAGAUCGAACCUGGACCCUCAGUGUAUGAAGCGAGAGCAUUGCCUACCAGGCCGUGGGCCACUGUAUGUGCUUCAUUGAUAUAACGAUUUUGUAUGUAAUUUAUUUGAUUAUUAUUAUUAUUAUUAUUAAUAUUAUUAUUAUUAUUAUCAGGUUUGAUUCAAGGAAGAAGAGUCAGGAGGAAAAGUCUAAUUUCUUGGAUCAAGAGCCUGUUGUGAGCAUCAAACAUCCUCCCAUGGAUGUACAUAAUAUAAAAAACUAAAUAAUACAGUGGAACCUCGGCACUCGAGCUUAAUUCAUUCCAGAAGGCUGUUCAAGUGCUGAUCUGUCCAACUACUGAACAAAUUUUUCCCAACCAAUGUUCUUUCUGGUUGGCUGUUAUCACUAACCCUCUUACGCUCCAUAGUGACUUAUGUAAACAAAUAAUAUAAAAAAAAAUGUGAGGAAGCACAAAAUAGUUUACAGCAAAGUUCUCUGAGGUCUUGUUUGUUUGGUCAAGUGCCAAGCAAACGGUCGACUACCGAGCGAUUUGUUUACCGAACAAAGUGUUUGAAUAUCGAAUUGUUCGAGUACGGAGCUGUUCAAUUACCAAGGUUCCACUGUAUUAUAAUUUUAUUACAGUGGUACCUUGACUUAUGAGCCUAAUUUGUUCGUGACCGAGCUCAUAACUCAAUUUGCUCAUAUAUCAAAUCAGUUUUCCUCAUUGAAAUUAACUGAAAUGCCAUUAAUCUGUUCCAGCAGAAUUCCUGGCUCUCAGGAGGCCAGAGAAAAUACUUCAAUAUAACGCUAAUAUCAGCUCUACAGCUUAUUUAUCUAUCACAAUUGAUCUAAUGUGACAUAAUAAACACUAUAAAUAACAUAGAAACAUGAUAUAUACUCGAGAAUGAAUAAAAUAUGUCAUUAUGUGACGAGUGGUGGUGGCCUCUCUCGAGGUAAGAAUAAUUAUUGCUCUGCCCAUAUCUUCCUAUUCUUGCCCUUCUGAGGUCUUAUAAGAGAAAACAAAAUGUUUGUGAGGCUAACUGCAUAAAUCACCAGUUUCAUAAGGAAAACACUGAAACAAAAGCAAAUUUCUCAUGUUUUUCUAUGAUUUCCUGCUUUAAUUCAAUGGACAUCAUCCUCUUCUUCUUCUCAGCACUCUCCUUUGCACUUACUUUCUUAGAACCCAUGGUUAGAUAAAAGAAAUUUGGCAGAAUAACUGCACAAAAUGCUGGGAUGCUGGGCAAAUGUUGUGGCUUUCGAUGCACCAACUAGUGGUGGCAUAUCUGAAGCUCACUCAUAACUCGGAUUUUGGCUCGCUACUCAAAGCAAAAAAUCGACCAAGCGAUGGCUCGUAACACAGAAAACUUGUAUUUUGGGGCACUCGUAAAUCAAGGUACCACUGUAUAUGUACAUAUAUAUAUUCACAUAGUAUAUAAAUUUGUUAAAUAUAUAUUGAUCAUAUAGUGUUUCAAUUUAAUUGUAUUAAUACGUAUACAGUUACCAAUUUUACUUUAAUGAUUGGUCUUAAUAUUAAUGCAUUGAACAUUAAUUUUUUCCAAGAAGAUCAAAGUUUUGAUGAGGUUUAACACUUGAAGAAAUAUGUAAAAACUGAUAAUAAUAAUUUUGAAAGAAUUAAAAAAUAUUAUGA